ACAGCUAAACUACAAUUCAAAGCCUUUUAGACAUUACGUUUUACAGUUGGGACAUCAUGUUCUUCAAACCAACGAGAAGUUUCAGCUCACAAACACACUUCAUGUUAAAUGACUAGCAUACCCUUCUCACCCUUAUCCUCUAUCUACUUGCUUCCUAAGUCCGACAGGAAGUUGCACCAGCAAGUCAUUCAACUUCAGUAAGAUUACUAGUUUUUACUUUGUGUCUACGGUUGUUAUAGAUUAUUUCAGUUGGUGGGUAUUUUUGGCAAUGCUUAAAUUUGAAGCUUUUUCUUGAGAUGGGUUAUGUAUGAUCUUUGAUUUAAUCAAGUUUGGAUGUGUAAGUCUUUGGAGUUUUGCUUUUGAAGUUCGUUAUAUGAGUGAAUGAGACUUUUCUGGGUUUGCCUCAGUUUUAAGAUUAUUGUAGGAUUAUUCAAUAAAAACUUGUUGUUCUAGAUGUAUAUGUGGAAGUAAUGGAGGUAGUGAGGAGUCUCAAUGUGGAGAAGUUAUAUGAAAAUUUAAGGCUUUUCUACACGAGGGUUUUGAGUCUUGGUGAUGGAAUUAUAAAGAGAUAUUGUCAAAUUUGGGCUUUUCAGUCUAUUAAUGUUGUUAUUGGAAUUGGGUCAUUGUUGUCUUUCCUUUUUGCCAUAACAUGUGCAUAUUUGUAUAUGUUUCCAAGUGUUCAACCUGUAAUUCCUAGUUAUGAGAUUCCUAAGCCAAGUACUUCAAUUGCGAAAUGCAAUGUUUUUGAAGGGAAAUGGAUCCAAGAUGAAAGUUACCCUUUGUACAAUGCCUCACAGUGUCCAUUUGCAGAAAGGGGAUUUAGUUGCUUGGUGAAUGGAAGGAGGGAUAGUGGUUAUGAAAAAUGGAGGUGGAAGCCAAAAAGCUGUGAUAUUCCGAGGUUUAAUGCACGAGAAAUUCUCAAAAAGCUUAGUGGGAAACGAGUGGUUUUCGUAGGUGAUUCAUUGAGUAGAACCCAGUGGGAGUCUUUGAUAUGUAUGCUGAUGACUGGUGUGGAUGAUAAGAGGAGUGUUUAUGAAGUGAAUGGGAAGAAAAUCACCAAGCAGAUUAGAUUUUUGGGUGUAUGGUUUUCCACAUAUAAUCUUAGAAUUGACUUUUAUCGGUCAGUUUUCCUAGUGCAGCCUAGUUCUGCACCAAGGCGAUCGCCAAAGAGGGUUAAAUCAACUCUCAGACUUGAUCUGUUGGAUGAUAUUAGCAGAGAAUGGAUUGAUUCUGAUGUGUUGAUAUUCAAUUCUGGGCACUGGUGGAGUCCAACAAAGCUUUUUGAAAUGGGCUGCUAUUUUCAGGUAGGUAAAUCACUAAAGCUUGGAAUGCCAAUCAAUACCGCCUUCAGAAAAGCAUUAAACACUUGGGCAUCUUGGGUCGAGACUAUGGUCAACACAAACAGAACAAGUGUCUUUUUUCGCACUUUUGAAUCAUCCCACUGGGGGGGAAAGAACCGUAACACAUGCAAGGUGACCCGGCAUCCUUGGUCAAACACCAGAGGGCGCGAUCGAAGCUCUAUUUCAGACAAUAUAAUCAAAGUUGUGAAGAAAAUGAGAGUACCUGUUAAACUUCUUCAUGUCACACGGAUGGGAGCAUUUCGAAGCGACGGGCAUGUGGGUAAUUGGGGUGAUAAUCCAUCAGUGCCAGAUUGUAGCCAUUGGUGUCUACCUGGUGUGCCUGAUAUGUGGAAUGAGAUUCUCUUGUCAACUCUGCUAGCUGACCAUGAAUAAAUUUCCUCUCCAAUGAGCUAAGAAAUGGGAUGAGUCUUACUUGUAAGAUAAUUUUCUCAUGAUCCGCUCCUUGUGGGAUUAGUAGUAUGAGAAAACAUUCUUUUUGAAGUCAUUUUUAGAAAUAAAUCUAAAUAAAUAAAUUGCUGGAUAAAAGUUUACAUUGCAGACAAGUGUAAACGAGUUCGUCAAGGUGUAUAUAUGUGUACUCUACCCAUGUUUUUUACUAAAAUUUGCAGCUAAGUUGUACUGAA